AUACCCGAGGUGGAAGGUCGCACUCGCGGAUUAAGGUCCCAACUCCCAACGAAACAUGUUUUUUAUUUGUGCAUACAAUAAAUCUAAACCUGCAAUGCCCCAACAUUUUCUAUGGACUGUCUACCGUAGCGGCGACAUUACUUUCGAAUGCUGCUUGGACCGUCAGCCAGCCUGCGUUUGUAUGAGGGCGUGGCUGGUGUUGCUGUGGCGCUAGCUCCCCAUCGGCUUUCAAUUUGGGGGUGGGUCGCGACCCGGCUCGAGCAAGGUUCGAGUUCGCGACGCGUCCCGCUCACAAGCAUUUCCCUCCCACACCACAUCAAAAUAUCACGAGACUCCGCCAUCCCAUCCUUAUCUUGGUGUGACCCCUUAGCUUGACGUGAACCGCGCCGGACCUCUCCUUCGAUACCCAAGCUACACAGACCACUCGGACGUCAAGCCAGGUUCACCAACGACAAAUCGAAGCUAUGCCGAGGCCCAAACGAGCGCGUCGCGCGCCACCCGCCCCCGUCGCCGUCGCGGCACCGGAGGAAAAGUCGAGCCCCGCGCCUGCCUCGGGCAGCGACAUCUACAGCCACAGCGAUCGUGAACACUCGGUCAUUCGGAAAGAGCUCGAAGAGGAGGAUGGAGGCAGGUCGUCCCGCCUCGCGGGGCGUGCGUCUGCGCGUCUGAGCCGGAGCGCCAGUUUGCGCCAGAAGCAGGCGUUGGAGGAGUCGGCCCACGCGCGUGACGAGGCCAUGAGCAGGCUGGAGGACGAGCUCGGCAUGUCGUAUUCUAAGGAAAAGACGGAGGGUGACCAGAGGCAAAAGUCUGACUCCUCGCUGGAGCUGGAGUUGAGCAGGAAGACGCGCGAGACGCCGGUACAGAACCGGAGGGACACGACAGGGCUGGAUUUGGACGAAGAAAUGUUUGAGGGUCUCGACACCACGCUCGGCGACGACGACGAUGCCGCUGCGCCACGUUCGGACAUCUCAACAUUCAGCGUCACCUCUACAUUCAGUGUCAGUCACUUUAGGCGCCGGGGCCGCGCGCCGAGCAUCAGUAUCAACAGGGAUGACGCGCCUAUUAGGCCAAGCAGUCGCGGUGUUGGUAGCACCCCUGGCAUCAGCUCGACGUUCAACAUCGGACUGUUCAAGCGCCGGCAGAGAGAACCGAGUAUAUUGGGUACGGCCCAAAAGGAGCGUGCGCAGCGGCCGAUCGAGCUAUCGUCCGGUUCCGACUCUGACGAUGAGGCCGACGACGGCUUUGACCCCGAGGCCGAGUCGACGCCUCUCCAGAAGCGGCGUAAAACACAACCGCUGGCAGCAGAGCCUGAGUCGGAGUCACAGCAGAUCCUCGCUCCAGACUCACAGCCCGGACAGAAGGACGUGGCGCCCCCUUCAAGUACCACAACGCGCAAACGCAAAAGUACAGAGAGUUACGCGGAGAGCGACCGACCGGGAAAGGCGUCACGGACGGAGCCUGAACAUGAGCCUGAGCCUGAGCCCGUGCCUGAUCUAGGGGAUGGCGAUAGCGACUCGGAGCUUUCAGACCUGCCCUCACCGGUUCUCACGCCCACGCGGCCGUCCAUGUUCCCUCAGCCGACGACGCCGAACCGGGACGAGAUUAUGGCACCUCCCGAGAGCAGCGGCUCUGAGGGCAGUGAGGGAAUCUGGCCUGACAUUCACACCCUCGCCAAGCAGCGGCGUCGUCGUGCCUCGCCGGUUACGCCGACGCGAGACGGCAACGUGUCCGACGCCUCUUCGCCGCCUUCCCUCACGCACUCCCCCAACUUCCCAGCGACGAGGAACAAGUCCCGACAGAAGAAGCAGGGCAAGUCCCCCAAGGUCACAACGGCGGAUCUCACCGGGCUGUUGCCCCGCAGACGCCACAAAAAGGCCCGAGACCCAUACAGCGUGAACGACACGGAUGAGGAAGAGGUCGACGCCUCGAACCUCGCGGAGCACGACGACGAGCUCUCCUACGUUGACUCGCGUACUCGUUCCCGGCGUGCAAAGGCAGCGCCCCGCGACCUCGGCACGGCGAAUCGGCCGGCCUCCCGCGGCGCCAAGGCAGCCGCGUCGGCUGAAAGGCCGAGGGCGGCGACGCGCUCAUCGACGCGCACGUACAGCCGUCGUCUGUCGGACAAGGAUAACGAGGCAGAGGAAGAAACGACAGAGGCCGGGGCCGAGGGCGACAGCUUCGCCCCCGUCCCGGAAGACGUCCCGGAGAGCCAGGACAGCAGCGACCCGACCCGCAGCGCCGACGAGCUGAAGAAGGCGGCGCGCAAGUUCAAAGAAGUCGAUCGCUGGGAGCUCGAGUUUGAGGAGGUGACGGAGGGCUCGUCGCCGAACCGGGAUGCGCGGUGAAGAGGACCAGGGGGUGGCAGUCUAAAGUUCUUUUUUUUUUUUUUAAGGUCCUCUUUUUUCCGUGGGAAAACAAACGGGACGACGAUGAAACUUUCAAAAGGGCGUGGGCGGCGGCCUAACUGGGUUUUUAUUUUUAUGUUGCUCGUGUUGCCUGAUGUGAAGUCGGAAAUACCCGCACCGACGCUGCUGGGCGUUCCAUGUGUGGUCGAGCUGUUGUGGGCACCCCAAACGUACGCACUGCGCGAUUGCUUUUGCCGGAGAUUUGGGCGUUCUGAUGCGUGUCUCGUCGAAAGCGUUCUCUUACAAUAGGGAGUGCGGUGGCAAUCAGUUACAGGAACCAAAGGAGGUACUUUAUCCAGCGAAUUCGAUAACG